CUGGAUCAAUCCAACCGGCUUCCGGCCUUCGAUGGAGCCACAGGAGGUGGGACACUGACCAGCAGCCUGGCCCUACGGGCUCCUAAGGAGUCACGUCUUGGGGCCUGGCCCCGCCCUCCUCACCUGCAGACCCCACCCUCCGCCCUCAUAGGGGCAGCAGGUGGGGGCCAGCAUGCAGGUGUGGUGGCUGCUCCUCCCGGCAAGUGCGGGAGGCCGGAGACUCGCAGCCAGAAAGCAGCGCCGACCAGGGCUUUGGCGGCCCUGGAGACCCCCAGGACCCCACUCCUCCUCCAAGCCAGCAUCUUGGCACUGAGAACAGCCCUCGGGAAAGGCAGGCCUCUGGGCCCCUGGGAGCCAGGUGUGGAUUCUCCCAGAUUCCAUUCUGCAAACCGACGCGGGGCCGGGCUCCAAGUACAGGAAGGGAUGGCUCAGCAUGACCCGCGACUUUGCCUGAAGCCACACUACACCUCCGCCCCCAAGCUGCAGCUCAUGUGGGCGCCCCAGGUUUGCUCCUCACCCCUGCCUGACCCAUCCUCCUCCUCAGCCUCGGUCUCCUCCCGAGGCGGGAGCCAGGGCAGCGGGCUGGCCACAUCCAGGAGGGGGGCAGCCGCCUCCCUGGAAGGAGCCAUGCAGGCCCUCAAGACCCCCGACCAGCCCCCGGAGGAAAUCCUCAGGCCUCCAGCUGCCUCCAGGGCAGAUGCGGCGCCUGCCUGCAGCAUCUGUACCCACGCUGGGAACUCCCCUCUAACUGACCCCGCUGCCUGGCCGGAUGUGGGGGUCCCCUGCGUCAUUGCCCCCUGGCUGGAGCUCUCCCCAGCUUGGAGUUCCACCUGGGCACCCUUCGUCUGCCCCCUCUGGAUGGGGCACCCCCUCCAGCUGCCUCAGAGCCUUCCGUCUGGGCCCCAAACUGCCCUCCAGCCCAGAACUCUGCCCUACGCCCCCUUCCCCCAGCGGGGACCCUUGGCCGAACCCCACGGCCCCCGUGCCCCCUCCAGGUCUGCCGCCAUCUCUUCCAGCUCUGAUCCAUCUCCAGCCACCCGCCCCAACCAGGGGACACAUGCGUGCUGCCCAGGGAACUGUGGUUGGCCAGACACUUAGGUUUCGGAUUUUACUUUUUUAAAGGGCCUGGGAUGCUCGCUGCUCACUGUUGCUCAGGGCCCAGCGUGUUCUCAAGGACCCAUGUUGGGCCCCCACGCAUCACGUGUCCUCAGUUUCCUCCUUGCCCUCUGCCCUUCAACCCCGUUGCCCACACCCCAUCCCCUCCCUAGCCCUCUUCAUGGGCCUGCACGCCUGUGUUUUUAGAUUCUAUGAACCGCGUGCUCCAGUAACUCUGCCUCUCUGCUCUCUGCCCGUCACCACGGUGUGUACGAACUGCCCACCCAGCUGCGUGCAUUUGGUUCUCGGCUCCACACCGCUCUGCAGGUCAGCGUGGCCACGACCUGGGCUGAGCCAGCGUGCGGGGAGGCAGCAGGUCCCAGCCGCUCCUGACACAGGGGCAGCUAGAGGUCCGAGGUGGCCAGGUCUGGGAUCGCCCAUGGGGGCGGGUCAGGGAACACAGCGGCUGCAGGGACGAGCUAAAGGCACAAGCGAGCUGCUGGGAGGCCCGUCCAGGUGGAUGUGGCAGCCAGGAGGAACAGGGCAGGAAGGGUGGUGAAGAUCUGGCUGGUCCAGCUACAGAGUCGUGAGAAAUAGGGGAGAGGAGCAGGCCAGAGGGUGUAGCAAGGCUUGGUCUAUGGGAACGUCCAGGGAAUUAGCGGUGCGAGCAGGGAGUCCAAGGGACCCGGGAGGGAAGUCAGCCACCACUGGCGAGGACCGCGGGCAGCACUGUCCCCAGGUUGGGGGGAGGGUCCUCUCUGGAGGCUGUGCUUCAUGGAACUGACGUGCAUCCCUGGAGAACGUCUGAGAGGUCCGGGGCUUU